CCUUCCCCCAAUCAUUCAUUCAUUUCACCAUUUGUCACUAUAUACUCCCUGUACUGGAGAUUGGAGAACUCUGAAAGCGAAGGAACCCUAGCCCUCCAUCGGAAGCCGCCGUUCCCAGGUCGUCAGCGCCGCCGCCGUCCCCAGGUCGUCAGCACCGCCGUCCCCAGGUCGUCAGCACCGCCGUUCCCAGGUCGUCGAACCCUAACCCAGUAACUCGGCAGGUGCUCUUCAUCUUCGCUGGCUUCUCGGCACGGAACCAGAUUCAUCCCUCUCGUCAUUAUCAUUGGCAUGAACUCCGAACCAAAACCCCAACUCUCUGGAUAAAAUUGUAACGAAAGUUGAUUGGGACUUUUUCUUCUACUUAAGAAGUAGUGAACACUGAACACUGAACUGAAUUUGAAUCGGAUCUCGGAGAAUUCAUUCUUCGUCGGUGGUUAAGAUAUGGAAGCGUCGUUUUUCCGUUUUCUGAAAAUUGUCGGAGUUGGAUACAAAGCGAGAUCGGAAGCUCAAGGUCGGUUAUUGUAUUUGAAACUUGGAUACAGUCACGAGGUUGAAUUGGCGGUGCCGCCGGCGGUGCGCGUGUUCUGUUUCAAGAACAAUGUGGUUUGCUGCACCGGAAUUGACAAGCAGAGGGUGCACCAGUUUGCUGCCACAGUGCGCAAUUGCAAGCCUCCUGAAGUUUACAAAGGGAAAGGUAUAAUGUACAUUGAUGAAGUCAUCAAGAAGAAGCAAGGAAAGAAAUCUAAAUGAUGUGCUACACGAAGAAUUAACCAAAUAUUUCUGUAUUGAUUUCGAAGUUGAUUUGGCUUAACAAUACAUAUGAUCCAUUUUGUAUCAGAUAGAGAUAAGUGUUAAAUAAUCCCUUUUCAUUUGCCUUAUGUACUUCUAUUAAUUGGUUUUGAUCGAUGCAUUAGUUUUGUGAUUUUAGAUUUCCUUGAAUCAAUCGUCAUUGCGGUUUCUUCUUCAUCUAUUAAAGUUACCUACUGGUUCUCUUUU